AUGGAUUACGAAACGAAACACGAUGAUGGCGACAAGACGUAUUCCGGAUUACAUCCGUCGAUGUCCGUUGAAGAAGGUCAAGUCGAUCAUGGAGAGACAACAAAUGAUGGUCUCCAUCGCACGCUCAGUCCACGUAUGAUCCAUGUCAUCUCUCUCGGAUCCAGCAUUGGCAGUGGUCUCUUCAUCACCACAGGUAAAUCCCUAGCCCAAGGAGGUCCGGCUAAUAUGUUUCUGGCGUAUCUUGUGGUUUGUGUUGGCGUAUGGGCGAAUCUGCAAACCUUGACGGAGAUGACGAUUGCUUUCCCGACAUCAGGUAAUUAUAUCGAUUAUGCGGAUCGGUGGGUUGAUCCAGCAUUGGCCUUUGGGGCAGGAUUUGCGGAAUGGCUUGGGUGGACGUCAGUAUUUGCAUCCGAAGCCAUGUUUGUAGUUACCCUGGUGAAUUAUUGGGCGGACGAGGUUGUGCCCGAGGCUGCUUUGCCCAUCUCUCUAGCUGUUAUCGCAGGCGCCGGUCCGUCCGGAUAUGUUCGACAUGGAAGCACCUGGACUGAUUUUCCUAUGUUCAAAAAUGGCUUUGGGGGCUUCUCCACCGCUGCAUUACUUGCCAUCUGGGCCGUGGGAGACCAGGUCUUUAUUGGCGUGAUGGCCGGCGAGGCCGAAUCUCCCCACUAUUCCAUGGCACGCUCGGCCAAUUUUGUUCCUUGGCGCGUAGGGAUUUUCUACCUUGUCUCGGUGGUAUUAAUCUCACUUGUAGUGGACUCUGAUGAUUCCCGAUUAAUGAAUGGCUCGAGCGUGGUCUCAUCGCCUUUCGUCAUAGCUGCCCAAGAUGCGGGUAUCUCAGGGGUCCCGGACCUGAUUAAUGCGUGCAUAAUACUCGGCAUUCUUGCCCUUUCUCUCGAGUGUAUAUACCUUCCAUCACGGAUCUUACGCACUAUGUCCCUGCAGGGACUGUUACCGGUCUUCAUUGCGAGAGUCGACAAAGUAGGCCGUCCGAGAUGGGCGCUCACAUUCACGGCUGUUGCAGGUACGGUGUUGACAUAUCUGAGCUUGAGCGCCGACGGCACCGAGGUCCUUAACUGGUUUAUCUCGAUCACCAACGCGUCCUUCUUCACCAACUGGGCGAUCAUCGCUUUUUCCUCCUUCCGCUUCCGGGCGGCGAUUAAAGCGCAAAGAAGCCAAUUAUUUGAAACCCCUUAUGCAUGGCGGUCUCUUUAUUGGCCUCUGGCGCCAGUCAUUAGUCUUUUCGUUUCGGCGUUGCUACUAGUUUGCCUUCUUUACACCAGCAUCAAGCCAGUAGGUGGGGGUGCUUUUACAGCAUAUAACUUCUUUUCAGCGACGAUUGGUCUGAUCGUUAUUAUGGUGUUCACCAUUGGUUACAAGAUUGUGCAUAUAACGCCAUGGAGGGAUCCGGCAACUGCAGAUCUUAUCACGGGGCAUCGGGAGCUGACUGCUGCGGAGUUGCGUUGUGCAGGACUCUCGUUUAACGCCGACGCCGAGGAUUCAAGCAUCGAGAGAGCAACUCUCUCGGAAUUGAUCCAAAUCGACAAACACUACCUCACGCGCAUCACACUCCGCACGACACUAAUCCAAGACAAACGAGCCUCUGUCCUCGGCGCCAGUCCCCGUUCCAUCCCAGCCGUCAAAGAACUAUACUCUUUCCUUGUAAAUGACUACCUGCCUCGACGGUACAGCACUAUAUUUCAACGUGUCUCUAUUACCACUAGCACUUCAGCAUCAGCACCCACCAUCAUGCUAAGAAACACAGUAACCGGCGAAACCAUCCCCAGCACACCUCCAACUGACGCAGAAGAAGCCCUCGCUAUCAUUGGCAGGCAGGUCGAAGAGGAUUUCCUUCUUCUUUUGCCACCACAACCCUCUUCCCUACGAGAUGAUGACAAAAAGGAAGGUACUAACAAGCAGAUGACCCUGGAAGCCUUCAUCGGCUGUUUUCCGAAUGGGUUCAACUGGGCAGGCAAGUUCCGCAAAUCGCUGGCGAGUAUUCAUGUUCCGGUACCGGAUUAUACCACCAAGUUGAGGGCGAGUAUGGAUAGGUAUCUAGAGAGGCUGAAGGUGGGGGAGUGUGUUAAGCGGGCGAAUUGGACCGUGUCCGUGGAUGGGGAGCUGCAUGCUGCCAGCAGUAUGCACUUGUAUGAAGGGGAGGAAGUAGUCGAGUUGAAGGAGUUGGAUGUGAAUACGAUGCUAUUUCGACUACCAAUUUCACGGGCCGUGGUCUUCGUGGUCCGCACAUAUAUGUACCCAUUGCAGGACGUCAAGAAAGAAGGAAAUGGGCCGAGGCUAGUAGAGGCAAUUGCUGGGUUAAAGGAGGGCAGCUCGCCGGGCUUUCAUUUCUAUAAGCGCGCAGCGGUGUGGCAGCGUGCUGUGAGUGAGUACCUACUGGAUGGGGAGAAUGAGCUGGCUUUGUCCAGAUUGUUCCUCCUGAGCGUCGCCCAAAACCUAAUCCCCCAUAUCCUGGCAAUUACCACCCCAAAAGGCGCACUCCUGCGCUACUUAAACCCAUCGCAUGUAACAUCCCUAUUUGCUACCACCGCUUGGUUCAACAUUCUCUCAGCCCUGGAUCUACUGCUACUCAACCCCAAAGAAGCAGAUGACUUUGUCGCCACCAACGAGGGAACAAGCAAAGUUAAGAGCUUCUUCUAUGGCUUACGAAACGCCCUGAAACAGCAUCUUAAUUCCCGGAAAAUCAACACGCCCGAGGAAGCAAAGAACACUCCUCCCAUGCCGGCAUAUUAUACCCAGAAGAAUGGCAAGAAUGCAUCAAAACCUAUCUCUCGACGCCGAAAAUUCUGGCAUCAACUGCUCUGCAUCAAGUUCACUGCCAUAAGCAACUACAUCACUCGUGAUGUUUUCGGUCUGGCUAAAUCAUCAUUCCUGGAACGAUCGAUAUACCCAUGUGUUUUGUGUGUUCCUCCUAUCGGGUAUUCUACACCUUACUGCGGACGUGGUAGGGAAUAUACCGAUGGGCGAGUCUGGCGCUAUGGUGUUUUUCUUAUCAUUCGUGUUGGGGUACAUGAUUGA